AUGGAAUUGGAAAACCAAACAGAUGUACUAGAAUUCCUCCUCCUAGGUCUCUCAGACGAUCCUGAACUGCAGCCCCUUCUCUUUGGACUCUUCCUGACCAUGUACCUGGUCACGGUGCUGGGGAACCUGCUCAUCGUCCUGGCCAUCAGCUCAGACUCCCACCUGCACACCCCCAUGUACUUCUUCCUCUCCAACCUGUCCUUCAUUGAUGUCUGCUUCAGCACCACCACGGUCCCUAAAAUGCUUAUGAACAUCCAGGGACAGAGCAAAUCCAUCACUUACACCGGGUGUCUCACUCAGGUCUGCUUUGUCCUGGCUUUUGCUGGGUUGGAAAACUUUCUCCUUGCAGCCAUGGCUUAUGAUCGCUACGUGGCCAUCUGCCAUCCACUGAGGUACACAGUCAUCAUGAACCCCCGCCUCUGUGGCCUGCUUAUUCUACUCUCCUGGCUCAUUAGUGUUGCGGAUUCCCUGCUGCACAGUCUGAUGCUGCUGCGACUGUCCUUCUGCACAGACCUGGAAAUCCCCCACUUCUUCUGUGAACUCGCUCAGGUCAUCAAGCUCGCCUGUUCUGACACCCUCAUCAAUAACACCCUGGUGUACUCAGUGACGAGCAUACUGGGUGGUGUUCCUCUCCUUGGGAUUAUUUACUCUUAUGUUCACAUUGUCUCUUCCAUUCUGAGAAUGCCGUCAGCGGGGGGAAAGUAUAAAGCCUUUUCCACCUGUGGGUCCCAUCUCUCUGUUGUGUCCUUAUUCUACGGUACAGCUUUUGGGGUGUACAUUAGUUCUGCGGUUACUGAAUCUUCCAAGAAGACUGCAGUAGCCUCAGUGAUGUACACGGUGGUCCCUCCCAUGAUGAACCCCUUCAUCUACAGCCUGAGGAACAGGGACAUGAAGGGAGCCUUGAAGAAACUCAUUGGAAGAACAUCUUUUCUGUGA